CCGCCGCCAUUGUCGCGUUCGGAGCCCCUCAGCGCAGGCGGCCGAGGCGGAGCCAGCGGCGGCGCGAUGGCGGACGCUGACAAGCCCGAGGUGGUCGGGGCCGCUGGCGACGACAGCCCUCAUCAGCUCCCCGCAGAGUCUCAGGGUGAACCGCGGCGAGAAUCUCCCCCGGAGCCGGAGAAGCAGCCUCCGCAGCACAGCAGUAGCUCCAAUGGCGUUAAAAUGGAGAAUGAUGAAUCAGUGAAAGAAGAAAAAUCUGACUUAAAAGAAAAAUCUUCAGGAAAUAAGAAGGCCAAUAGAUUUCAUCCUUAUUCAAAAGACAGGAAUUUGGGCACUGGAGAAAAGAAGGGUCCAAAUCGUAACAGAGUUUUCAUUAGCAACAUCCCGUAUGACAUGAAAUGGCAAGCUAUUAAAGAUCUAAUGAGAGAAAAAGUUGGUGAGGUUACAUACGUGGAGCUCUUUAAGGAUGCGGAAGGAAAAUCAAGGGGUUGUGGUGUUGUUGAAUUCAAAGACGAAGAAUUUGUAAAGAAAGCACUAGAAACUAUGAACAAAUAUGAUCUUAGUGGAAGACCCCUUAAUAUUAAAGAGGAUCCUGACGGAGAAAAUGCUCGUAGGGCAUUGCAACGAACAGGAGGAUCAUUUCCAGGAGGACAUGUCCCUGAUAUGGGAUCGGGGUUGAUGAAUUUACCACCUUCCAUUCUCAAUAAUCCAAACAUUCCUCCUGAGGUUAUCAGUAAUUUGCAGGCUGGUAGACUUGGUUCUACAAUUUUUGUUGCUAAUCUUGACUUCAAAGUUGGUUGGAAGAAGCUAAAGGAAGUGUUCAGCAUAGCUGGAACUGUAAAGCGGGCAGAUAUUAAAGAAGACAAAGAUGGAAAGAGCAGAGGAAUGGGCACUGUCACUUUUGAGCAAGCAAUUGAAGCAGUUCAAGCAAUUUCUAUGUUCAAUGGGCAGUUUUUAUUUGAUAGACCUAUGCAUGUGAAAAUGGAUGACAAGUCUGUCCCUCAUGAAGACUACCGUUCACAUGAUAGUAAAACACCACAAUUACCACGUGGUCUUGGAGGCAUUGGAAUGGGACUUGGUCCAGGUGGACAGCCUAUUAGUGGUAGCCAAUUGAACAUAGGUGGUGUAAUGGGAAAUUUAGGUCCAAGUGGUAUGGGAAUGGAUGGUCCAGGUUUUGGAGGAAUGAAUAGAAUUGGAGGAGGAAUUGGGUUUGGUGGUCUGGAAGCAAUGAAUAGCAUGGGAGGAUUUGGUGGAGUUGGCCGAAUGGGAGAGCUAUACCGUGGCGCGAUGACUAGUAGCAUGGAGCGAGAUUUUGGACGUGGUGAUAUUGGAAUAAAUCGAGGCUUUGGAGAUUCCUUUGGUAGACUUGGCAGUGCAAUGAUUGGAGGGUUUGCAGGAAGAAUAGGAGCUUCUAACAUGGGUCCAGUAGGAUCUGGAAUAAGUGGUGGAAUGGGUGGCAUGAACAGUGUGACUGGAGGAAUGGGGAUGGGACUAGACCGCAUGAGUUCCAGCUUUGAUAGAAUGGGACCAGGUAUAGGAGCUAUACUGGAAAGGAGCAUCGAUAUGGAUCGAGGAUUUUUAUCGGGGCCAAUGGGAAGCGGAAUGAGAGACAGAAUAGGCUCCAAAGGCAACCAGAUAUUUGUCAGAAAUCUGCCUUUUGACUUGACUUGGCAGAAACUCAAAGAGAAAUUCAGUCAGUGUGGUCAUGUAAUGUUUGCAGAAAUAAAAAUGGAGAAUGGAAAGUCAAAAGGUUGUGGAACGGUCAGAUUUGACUCCCCAGAAUCAGCUGAAAAAGCCUGCAGAAUAAUGAAUGGCAUAAAAAUCAGUGGUAGAGAAAUUGAUGUUCGCUUGGAUCGUAAUGCAUAAUUUCAAACCACGGUUGGAACAUUCCUUCAUCUGUUUUGCUGAAUCUACUAGUAAAAGUCAUUUUUUUUAGUAAUACUGUAUGCUUACAAAAGCUGUAAAAAUGAACUUUUAAAAUUCCCACCAGCUUUUAACAGUAUAAUGUUAAAAAUAUACUGUGAUUUUUGUUAAUCUCAAGUUUGGGUUUCCUAAAGACAGCAAGUCUGGUCAUUCAGUUUAAAUGAAUGGUUAUACUGUUUUUAAUGAAAUAAGCCAUUUUCUUGUUGUUUUCAGUAUGACAUAGUAGUGUUUCUUCUAGUUUCCCCAGCCUUUAUCAACUUAUUGUACGGUAAAUUAUAAAUG